AUGGACGGCAUAAUAUCUGAAUGCGCUAUAUCAUUUCGAACCGGCAAGCUUGUUGCAGUCGAUAUUGAUUCUCUUCAAGAGGAUAAGAACACUGUCUACCAAGCCCAUAUUGGUAUCUCUAUUAUUGAUGCUCAAUCUCUCCUUCAUCCUAGCCUCGACAAUCUUGCAGCAAUCGAAUCCCAUCAUCUUGUUGUUGGAAGUCCUAAAUUUGAAAGAAUCAAGGCUAAUCGAUUUCUAUUUGGAGAUUGGGAAAAUAUACCUCGACCGGCCAUUAAGCAACAUAUCAAUGAAAUACUCCAAGGCCCUGAAACAACUUUAGUAUUCCAUGAAGGGGGCCGAGAGAUCUCGGUACUUGAGAGACUCGACAUUCAGCUCAGUCAGUACAGAGUUAUUGAUACGACAACUUUGGUACGGUCACCAGUACCUCCACGCUACAAAUACUCGCUAGAAGCGCUGCUGCAAGAACUCGGGAUACCUUUCGCGAAUCUCCAUUCUGCUGGGAACGACGCACAUUUCAUCCUCAGGGCUCUGCUGAUGCUGGCUGUCAGAUACGCUGAAGGUCAGCAAGAGGCUAAUCUUCCAGACUGGGCACAUCCAGACUUGGUACAGACGGCCCGAGAGAUUUCCCAAGCCCCGAGGCCACUGACAAAGGCGGAGAAGAUGGAAACACCAGAAGCCAAACGCAAGCUUCGAAAAAAGAUGAACAAGAAAAAAAAGCGCGGAGGCGUCCCCGCUGCCGUCGCCGAAGAGGCGAGAGGAGAAGCCCCAGGUGCUAAUACACCAUAG